GCCAUCAAGCACUGUGCGAGAUUCACCAAAGGCCUCCUUACUCAAUUAAAUUUUCUUUCACAUUCCAUCGCGCUUUCCACUUUCACACUUCAACCUGCGCGCUCCUCCGUUUAAAUAAUUUAACUUCAAUCUACCAAUCAAUAAAUAUGACACCAAAAGCAACGAAAGAGGAAGAUGCCAAUCGCGCCAUUUGGAACCCCACUCCAGGAACAAUCCACAUUGGUGACGCGAUCAAUCGAUUGAAGGAUGGUCAAUACGCCAAGGAGAUAGUUUCCGAUUACGUCUUGGGGAUUUUCUUUUUGGCGGAGAGCAUUGGAAUUAUUAAAAAGUGGGAGGGCUCCUUAUUGCAAUGGCCCUUUACGAAAAAUAUGAAAUUGCGCAAGGUGCUUCCUCACGUUGGGGAGCCGUUCAAUGGCCCCGACGGAAAACCAAUAUAUCAUGCAGGGCGUUUACUCUGCGGUCAUUCUGGUUUUCGAAUUGAGGAAGCGAUUUUAAAUCAAUGGGCCCGAUCGGAAUUCAAUUUGAAAUCUAUGAAAAAAUCGGGCGCUCAUCAAUCAUGGCUAAAGCAUCACUUGUAUGCUGAUAGAGAAAAGGAUGAUUUGCAAUAUCGUCGCACCAACGUCAAUAACUCGAAAAAAAGUUGCGAUGAUUUCGUCAACAGUGCUCUGACGCGUAUAAGAGCACCCGAUGUCACGAAUCAACUUGAUGGCGAUGGCGCAAUAUAUCCUAAAGCUAUCAGUGUGAAGGAUGCAAAGAAAAUUGAUGUAGGGGGCAAUGAAUUGAGGGGUUUUGAAGGGGUUAACGAUGCAGGGGAAGGAGGGGAGGUUUAUAGAGGGAUAGAUGCUAUACUAGGAGGCGAUUGGCUGGAUGGUAUGGGAUAUGAAGGGAAUUUUUUUCAUAGUGAUUUGUUGCAAGGGAAUUUGUUGCAAGAGGGGGAAAAUUCUAGAUGGAAAGGGAAAGGGAGUGCCUCCUGUGCGAUAUCGGAAAGUCAGCAUUUAAGCAAUAGCGGCUUAAGAGUUGCUGAUUUAUCAGGGAGAGAUUUUCGAGACCUCACACCUGACUUUAAUUUAUCGCCAGCCUGGAAUCAGCUGUCCAAUGCUGAACUUUCAGAAAUAUUAAUGAGCGCAGCCCCCGACUUAAAUCAGCAACGGCCCUUCGAUCAGCACUCUGUUAAUCAACAGCAGCCCUCUGAUCAAUUGCAACUCUUUGAUCAAUUGCAAUCCUCAGAUCAAUUGCAGCCUCCAAUAAUCGACUCGAUAUCAGAUCUCACUCCAUUUGGUCUUUUCAAUAACUUCGAACCAAAUCCAAACCCUUCAAAUGCAACAUUGGGCUUUGAUAGUGCACCCCUAUCACAUAACAAUGCACUCCAGCCCAUAAAUGAAUCUAAUGUAUCAAUUGAUUGGGGCGAAACUGAAUCAAUAUCACAAUACAUUGGUAGUGGGGGAUUCAAUUUUGAUUUUUUGGAUUCUGAAGGAGCGAUUGAUGAGGUCCAUAAAGAAUGGAAUUGUAGCAAUGAUGAAGAAAGGGCUGAUGGCGCUCCAAACGAAUCGAGGGGUGAGUGAUGAGGUAGGAGCCGGCAGCUUAAUUUUUGUGUGAGCAAUAUAGAAGGGAGGAAGGGUUUGGAAUUAAUGAAAUAGUAAUUAUAUAUAUUUUCUA